CUACCAUGUCAGGCGUCCAGUGUUUUGCUGCUGACGGACAAACGGCGGAGCUCACACUCAACAUGGCUGCCUCCUCGGUCCGCUGGCUGAAGAGACUGUACGUUUUCUUGUUGAUAUGUCCGCUCUGUGUGCCGGCCUUCUUGAACUUGGAGGAGCUCAACGAGAUGAGAUAUGGGAUUCAGAUUCUUCCCGAUCCUGUCAUCCUGGGCCAGACCAAAACAGAGGAAGUUAUGAUGGUGUCUAACAAGUACAAGCAGCUGUAUGAAUGUCGACUUCCUGCCCAGGCAGUUUGGUUUCACCAGGAUCCUGCCUCCGAGCCAGAUUCCCAAGGCUACACAGGACCAAACAUCCCAGAACUGCUGAGUGCAAUGCACAAUGCUCCAUGUCUGGUGAAGAUGAAGGACUGGUGGACGUACGAGUUCUGUUAUGGUCAGCAUAUCAGACAGUACCAUCUUGAAGACACAGAAAUCAAAGGGGGCGUUCUGUUUCUCGGUUAUUAUGAGUCUGAAUUUGAUUGGAAUAAUGAAACUGCAAAGGCUUCCAAGCACCACAGACUGAAGCGUUAUCACAGUCAGACAUACGUGAAUGGCUCGAAGUGUGACCUAAAUGGACAUCCCAGAGAGACUGAAGUCCGGUUUGUGUGUGAAGAAGGCUCGGGUGACUACAUUGUCCGAGUGGAUGAGCCCCAGUCGUGUCGCUAUGUGUUAACAAUUCACACCAGUCGCACGUGUCAGCAUCCAUUCCUGCGGCCACCAUCCACCGCCAAGCCACAGGGUAUCGUGUGUCAGCCAGCGCUAAGUGCACAGCAGUACAUGGAUUACGUCAAGGCCCAAGUCUCUGACACAAAGCGCAAAGUAGAGCAGAUCUCAGAGGAGCUGAGGAGUCUGGAUGAGAUGCUGGCUGGUAAUGAAGGGGCAGAUGGAGAAGUGGAAGUAACAGCUGAAGAGACAUCACCUGCAUCCAGUGAUAACUCAGCUUUUUCAGACAGAAAAGAUCCUGCUGAUGUAUCUGAGGAAGUUGUGUCAGAGGAGGCAGAGGACUCUGAUUUCUGGGAGGGAGUAACAAAACCAGGGAGAUCAAAAACACCUACCUCUCAACUAGAUGGCCAGUAUGCAGAGGAUGAAUACAACUCACCUUCGGACAAUGGAGACAAUGGAGAUGAUAUCGAUGAAGCAGAAAAAUUCAACUUUAAAAUCAUCACUGACCCAGCAGACCUGAUGAAAUUUGUCCAGCACCUUAAAGAGAGUAACAGGAAGAAAGCACAAAAUCAAGCCAGAAGUCAAGGAGAGAAUCCAGCAAGGGACAGGAUGACAGAUAAGCUUGGCGAAGAAGAGGAAGAUGAAAGCCUGUUGCAGGAGUUUGAGGAUGAGAUGGCUGACCUGUCUGUGUCGUCUGAUAAGAUUAGAGAAAUAAAGGAGGGAAUCCAGAAGGAGUUUGACAACAUCAUAAAUGAGGCCCAGCAGGAACUAGAGACUGAGGGACUGAAAGGGGAAUUUGAUCGCUCUCAAGCAACACAAACACUGGAAAAAACACUAGACAAGCUACUGGACCAUUUGGAGGAGAAAGAAAUAGAGGAUCAAGAGCAGCAAAUACCAAGUGUUGAAAGAGCCAGUGAUCCAACCAGGGGCAGCCCCAGCCUGCCUCCGAAGCAGCCAGAUCAAGCGGCUGACGACCAUGUUAAGAUCAAAAUUACUAAAUAUAAGACAGGCAGCAGCCCUGAUGGGGAGGUCAAAGUUCAGGAGAUGGGCGAAGGAGACCCCCAGUGGCAGCACAUAAAGGACGUGGUUAAAGAACAGCUAGAGAAAGCAGGACUGAAGGCUGAAGGUAAAAUUGAAGUGAAGAUCUUGACACGAAAGAAUGCAGAGGAGGCAGGUGAUCAGUGGCUGACCGAAGAAGAUACCAAGUCUUUCAGGGAACUCCUCAUAAAUCUCUUGACUGGAGGCAGUGAAGACGUUUACAAGGAGCAAAAGAGGCAACAAGAGUUGGAGAACAACUAUAGGUUUGUGUGGGGAGAGUCUCAGGAGGAGUCCCAAUCAUCCGGCACCUCGGACUCUGAAGAUGUGGACAUAUGAGCUUGUUCAGUUACAUUCAGUGCACCUUUUGUGAAGAUGAACUCCUGUGGAGACCAGGAGGGAGGGGACACUAUAGUGCAGCAUCUUUUUUUUUUCUUGUUGAUUAAAUUAUUGGUACAAAACCUGGCAGAUAAUCAACUCACUUGUUUGCACAUUCGGAAAAAAACAUCAAUGUUUUGACUAGGCAAUAUGUGUCUUAAGUAGGCACCAUGUAUUUGUUGCACGAUGAAACUGCAACUAUAGGCUGUGCUUGUGUUGUGCAGCUAUAUGAAGUUAUGCAUUUUUCCCUUUUUUGGGAUUCAGUUUUGAUAGAUAGCUUGGACAGCUGAGUGACAUACAGUGUGUAGAUUUUUUGAAAUGUUUCAGUGACUUUAACUGAAUAUUAAGGUAUAAAGUAAUGGUUUAUUUCUGACAUGACACGGUCAGGGAGGAGUUAUUUAAGGGGUCAUAUGUUGGUUCUUGCUUGUCUCAAAACUUUCUGGCACACUGAUGAUAAUUUUUUUAAUCAACAAACAGAAUUGUAGAAUCCAUAAUUGUUUGUUGACAGGCUGUGGCACUUUACACACAAUUCUAUUGUGUGAGAUGGGAAGGAAGUGCAUUUUUGGGUUGUGAUGAGGACUUUAUGUUUCUAACAAGAGAACUUUAUUUAUUUUUCUUAUUUGAUUUAGCAAAGGUAAACAAAGAAAGCUAUACUGUUGAUCAUAUUCAGUCCACCAAAUGAAUGAACCCCCUUUUCUAAGGUCACUUGAGGUGUGUGCUUUAAGGGCUGAUUUGUCAAUAAUUGUGGCUACUUGGAACUCGGCAUGUAAAUAAUUUCUGUGUGAAUUUUUCUUUUUGAAUUGGUUUUGUAUAUUAGCACAUAUUUGUAACAGUGCAAUAUUGUCAGUUAAUGAGUUGUCAGUCACUGCAUUUCUUAAUCAUAAACAUACUUUCAGACACA